AUGCAUGAUGACGAUACUACUGAUUUUGUUGAUGAUGUUGAUGAUGAUGAUACUUUUGUUGGGGGAGUCGAUGUUGCUGAUGAUGUUGAUAAUGUUGGUGAGGUUGAUCAUGCUGAUAUAGAUGUUGUUGAUGAUGUUGGUCAUGUUGACGGUGUUGAUGACAUCGAUGAUGCAUCAAAAAUGAACAUGGUGUUAACAUCGAUGGAAAGAGACUCCCUCCCCAAGAAGACCGCAGCCCCAGCACCACCAAAGCCGAAGCCAAUGUCUUCAAAAAUCUCCCCAGUCCCCCCAAUAAACUGGGAGUUCAACGAGAAGAUAAGCCUGAGCAGUGGCUCGAGUACAGGAAUAGAAAUGCGUCCGGACAAAAAAAUUGGAAUAGGCUUUAUGGACAAGAGUAGAAAGCCAUCCAAUCCCAGACAAUUGAAGCCUAGUGGAAAGUCCCUGGACCUCUUCAACGUUUCGGGGUACCCCCCACCCCCUAGAAACUCAGCACCUUCCAAAGUCGAAGUUUUCCGAGAUACUGAAGAUAGCAUCAACGUCCUCCGAAGCGAUUCGAAGUAUGAAAUUGGAAUUCCAGGGGAAUGCACAAUAUCCCGGAAGAAGAGACAGGAGCGUCGAAAGAUCGAUAGUUUAAAGCAGCCCCGUAACACUGGAGAUCUCACAGGAACAGUCAGAAGACGCUGGAUUCCAGCAAACGAGAAGAUAGAUGAUUCGAUAGCGAAGAGACUGGAACUGAUUCACGAAUUGAAUCAGAAGAUCCUUGCGAACUACGAGAGAAUCCAAUCAAAGUCGAAGAAGCUGAACCCCAAAGUGACGGCAACGGCCAAGUCAUCAGACAGCUUGAAGACAUCAUCGAAGAGAUCAAUAUUAUCAUCAUCUAGGGCGAGAUCAGCCCUGUCAGAUGUUAGAUGCAAAGACCCAAAUAAGGAACAUAUCUACUCCGAGAUCGCUCCCAAAACAAAAUCAAAACCACCUAGAGGACAGACAUCAGCCAGCCAUCAGGUGAUUGAGAAGGUGAUGGUUCACAGGGUCGCUGAGGACGUCGAUCCGAAGUCAAAAGAUAAGUGGAACCAAAAGGACUCAUCCACCAAAUUGGGAAGCAUCAGGACGAAGAGUUUGAAGAAGCUCAACUCCAAUUCAAAAGCGAAAACUCCAGUUUUUGUCGACGAAAACUUCAUGAUGAGUUCCAAGCCAGAGUUUGAAGGAGCGCAAUUGAAAGGAUCACUGAAGUCGGAGAUGAAUGGACUUGAUGCUGUAGAAAAGAACACUGCUAGAUUUCACGAGAAGGAGACCGAGAUGAAAGAGCUUGAGAAUAGACAAAAUACUGCGCGUGUAUUCGAUAAGAAUCUGCUGGGCUCGAAGGUGUAUCCGGAAUCCAAUAUGAAUAUCAGGAGCUGGAAGGAAGAGUUAUAUACGUCUUUGAAAGAGGAUCAGAAUCUCGAGAGGAAGAUGAGGAAUAGUCGGGAAUUGAGUAAUGGAGAUGAUGGAAAAGGGGACGAGACUAGUGUUCUUGAGAAGGAGAUUCUGGAUAAUUUGAAUGAGACCAUUGGCCGUUUCGAUAAUGAAAAGAAUACGGAUGGUGAUGUAAAUGUGGAUGAGGGAACGGGUGAUGACACUUUCAGCGAGGACUCGAUCCAAUGUACCACUUCCAGUUCAAAGGUGAAUAGAAAGGACACUAGUAACCAGGAAACAUUCAAUUCCUCAUGGGAUUCUGGUGUUGGAAUCGAUGUUGGAACUGGCAAUGGAUGGGUCAGAAUUCACACGGGAAUUGAGAGUAGCCUUGUCUAUCUCACUAUUGAUACCACGACCAAGGAUAUAUGUAGGGAUAUGCUGCUUGGUGAUGAAUUGUCGAUAUAUGUUCAGUACGGGGGUGAAGCGGGACGACGAAUGUCGCUGGAUGAGCGACCGCUGGAGUUACAGGAUGAAUUUCUGAAGCACCUGGGAUUUGAGGAAACAACCAGACGAGCACGACUCGGAGUUGAUCCUGAGUUACGUCAUCUCAUCGGCUUUCAUGUUGGACCGGCGGGACCCAUCCCAGACCUAGUUGGCCACAGCCGUUGUGGCAAUGUGCUCAUCCUGAAAGGACUGGUUUUUCCACAGUGGAAAAAACGUGUCGUUGCUGUCAUUGGAUCUCGUCUCUUCCUCUACCCCGUAUGUCCAGAGUCACGACCAGAAUGGAUAGAGUUGAAUGGUGGUGCAGUGUGUUAUGCGCCCUCCCGGCUUGGUAAGCUCGUUCUCCGCGUCACGGGUUAUCCAAGGAUCAGCCAACAGCAGUUGGAGGAUAACCCGGAGCAAUUUCACGACGAUGGAGAGUCAUUGUCAUCACAAUCCUCUCAUCAUCCCGAUGCAAGACAUCUAUACCUCGGCUUUCACCAUCCCUGGGACAGGGAUUUGUGGCGCGGUUGGCUCAAACAGGCGAUACAGACGACAAAUGGCCCCAAGAAAUUGGAUCUCAACAGCACCGGACUCUACCGCAUUCCAGAGAGCGCCCUGGCCUUCUCUGGAGCAGAAGAAAUCCUCUUGGGAAGAAAUAUGUUAGCGUAUGCGGAAAGCAAUCUCGGAAUUCUGAAACGAUUUCCCCGACUGCGAGGGCUUCAACUAGACCGAAACAAUCUGAAAGCCAUCCCUAGAGAGCUACUCGAUCUCAACAGACUCACCUCACUGGACCUCUCUGACAACAAAGUCGAGGAAGUAACAGGAGAGAUCCAUCGACUAGUCAAUUUGAGAGAACUAGUGCUUGAUCGUAAUGGGAUCAAGGAAUUACCGCCCGAAAUUGAACUUCUAACGGAACUGAGGAGCAUCUCUCUGGCCGGAAAUAAGCUAACGAGUUUACCAUCAUUUCUGAAAAUGCGGGCACUGACUCUGGAUGUCCUUUCCAAAGGUGACACCGUAAAACUGAAGGAUGAAAAAAAUAAUCACAACAACCUCCACAAAGUGAACCUCCGUAACAAUCAACUAAAAGGGAACAUAAUUCUGGGUAAUUACGGGAAUUUGACCCAUUUGGACGUAAGCGAGAAUAGCAUCGAGAAAUUAGAUGUCAGUGCUUUACAGGAAUUACAGAGUGCACGCUGUGCCCGUAAUUCUCUAACGGAAUUAACUCUCUGUGGAAGGAAUCUCGUGUCACUCAUUGCUGGAAAUAAUAAAUUGAGGAAACUGACUAUUGAACCUGUACCGACGAAUUUAGAGCAUUUGGACGUCUCUUACAACUGUCUGGAUGCACUGCCGGAGUGGAUAUCCGAUUUGCCAGGGUUGCGUGCGCUCUUUGCAUCUCACAAUGAUCUCACAGCCCUGCCAGACCGCCUAUUAUCACAGCCAUCGAGGCUUGAAGUACUUCAUUUGCCUCACAACAGAUUACAGGCCCUUCCACCCCCCCGUAAGCCCCUCAACAUUGUUCAUCUGACCCUCCAGGGUAAUGCAUUAACAGCAUUACCGAUCACGUUCUUCCAGAAUACAGAGAGGCUGAAAGUACUGAAUUUAUCCAACAAUCGGCUGUCAGAACUUCCGUACAACGAGGAAGCUGCCAAAAAUCGCAUAUCUCCGUCUCUCGAAAAACUUUACUUGACUGGUAAUUGUCUAACGGAUGCUGCAGUCGAUGCCUUGGGCAAACUCUCAGCACUUCGUGUACUUCAUCUGGCUUACAACGUCCUGGAUACUCUCCCAGAGAGCUGUAUCGCAUCGUGGCCCGAUUUGGAAGAGUUAGUGCUGUCUGGCAACCGUCUGCAGUACCUCCCGGACAAUGUUGCGAAUUUGCAGCAUCUACGUGUACUGCGAGUGCACUCUAAUCGACUCCUGACCUGUCCUACAUUCAACAAAACAGGGUCAUUAAUGGUGCUCGACCUAGCCCACAAUCAACUGGACAGAGUCAACCUGGCGACCCUCGUUCCUCCUCAGCUCCAGUUCCUCGACAUCUCCUGCAACUCAAGGCUUCACGUUGACCCCAGACAAUUCCAGGUCUACAGAUCUCAAAGGCCAGUCUCUCUAAUCGACGUUUCUGGCCAAAAUAGACCGAGUUUACCGUCCCAUCCCCUUCAGCAGGAGAUCGUAAGUGCUGAGAAGGGUCCUGAGCAACCCUGGAGGCUUGGUUUCUCGGAAACUGCAGGAAUGAGAGAAAAGCUCUACAUCUCCCAGAUCCGGAUGCCAUCCUUCUGUAACACCGAGGGCCUCUUCGGUAUCUUCGACGGUGGAACGAACCAGGAGGCUCCCUCAGCCCUCCAGGAGAUGAUUCCCCGCCUCCUUCUCGAGGAGCGCACGAUCCGAGAGACCUCCAAGGACUACCUCAAGUACACUCUCCUAGCCGCCCACCGAGAGUUGAAGGAGAAGGGUCAGAGGUAUGGGGUGGACGCCAACCUGAUUCACAUCACGAGGCUCCCCUCCCCGCAGACCUUCUCCCGGGCGCCGAAGAAGUACUCGUUGAGAAUCUCCUCCUGUGGAGAAACGCAAGCCGUCCUCUGCAGGGCUGCAGGUCCUCUCCUGCUCGCCCCUUCCAAGAAACCACCGCCCACUCAUCAACUGGGUAAUGCCUCGAUGUUUCCCCUGGUGACGCCUGACCCAUCCUCCGAGGAAGUUGCCCUCGAGGACGACGACGAGUUCAUAAUCCUAGCGAAUAAGAGGCUCUGGGAGGUGUUGACGAUCCAGGAGGCUGUGAGGGAAGCCAGGGCGGAGGCCUCACCAGUUCUGGCAGCCAAACGCCUCCAGGAUCUCGCCCAGAGCUAUGGAGCUGAGGACAACAUGAGCAUUAUCGUCGUGAGGCUAACCGGACCGGCGUCUGGGGACUUGGACCAGCUGAUGAGGGAGCUGCGUCAUGCGGUGACGAAGAGUCGACCCCAGGGGGAGGGAAACUGCUCGUGUGCCUGCUGCUGUCCUCCGGCUGCUCAUAAGUCUCCAGGCGCCUGCUGUUGCCACGCAAACGAGGGUUUCUACCUCAACGGAGUCCUCAAGAACAUCGUGAACCGAGGGACUUCCCGUCCCGGCUCAGGAAGAUACUUCAAGCACCCGGGGAAUCCCGAGAACUCCAGUCCCCCCUUCAGAGACGACAGGAGCUCCCCCAGUGGACAAUCGGACCAGACUACAGACAGCACAUUCAAGACUAGGGGAACCUCCGGAAGGGGAUGGGCGGGUUCUGCAGCUGCCAGGGCGGCCUCCAAGAGCCGACAAAAUGUCAUUGUCCACGAGGGCACCUGCAGGAAGGAGGAUGUGGGCUCCGAGAGGUCCGCGGCCCUCAGUGAAGAGCAGUUCAGGUGCUGGGAGUACAUGCUGGAGCAAAACACUCACAUGUUGUUUGACAAGGAGCUGGACACCAUCUCCAGGAUUCCGUUGAGGAGGGGACAGUCCAGGUCGACUCCCCAAUUGGCGAAUCUACCGUUUUUGUCGAAGAGAUUCGGCAGCGCGAGGUCUUUCAAUCCCCCACUUCCCAGAGGACCUAUGAUGAGAUUUGGCAGUGGGAGAAGGUUUCUGAAUGGCGGACCCAAUGCUGCAUAUUUCGGAAGCCUGCAGAGGCUCAUGCCUUAUAAUCUAGAGUAUGAUUUUGCGGUGAUUCAGGAGAGGGGAAUGGACUCCCUAGAGCAGGAUGCGUCCAGGAUGCAACAGUACUGGGGCGUUGCCACCACAGAGUUGUAGAAGGGGAAUUCAGUUUAUUGAUAACUAGGGCUUUCUGAAAAUUUCAGGAAGAAAACUUUCUUGUGGAGAAUUUCCAUAACUUCAGGAAAGGCUUCCUGAUGUCUCGUCUCACAAUCAAGCAUUACCGAGAUAACUGAACACCAAUGAAAUUUUUUUUCCCACGUGCGUAGACUCACCCGUUAAUAAACUUUCGUUCAACUGUGUGGAUUUUACUUACAUAUAUUUUUAUACUGUUAUUCCGAUUCGUGUGGAAGACUUGUAAAUAUUUUUUUAAAUUGUUAAUUACCAUUGGAUAGCUUUAUACAAUAUUUAGUGUGUUGAA